AUGGACAUUGAAGCAGAUGACCUAUAUGCAAAGGAACAAACUAAGGUCGGACUCCUCUCACAUACCCUGGUAUCAAGCCCUAUCAUACAGUGGGUUUUACCCGCGCGUCUACGGGGUAAAAACCAAAACGACGUCGUUUUCGUCGGCGAGAGAUGUCUCCAGAUCAAGGAAGCGGUGUCAGGCGUCCAUCUCGAGGAAGUCACUUCCAAGAAUGAUUUCGACUCGCAUAUCAUGGCCGCCAAAGUCAUCAAUGUGAGCACAGAGUUACCUUGGGAAGCGCAGAUGAGGUUGGGUGCUAGUAGUUCGACCAUGUCGGCAGACACGAACAUGCACAGAGACUUGCCUCCUCAGAUCCUGGUGCUAAGCCUCACUUCGAGAGAGCUCGCAUUCUUAUAUUACUGGAAUGCUGGCGACCAGUUCAUAUACCACCAUCGACCAUUGCCAAAUGAUGUCAGUGCCUUUGAAAGAUUCGGUCGAAACAUUGCUGUAGAGCCCAGAUCCCGGGUAGUUGCAGUUAGCGCUUCCUGUGACUAUUUUGGAGUCUUCGUCCUCAAGGAGCCCGCCGUUCUCCAGUCGCAGAUGGCACAAAAUAAACUUGACCCGAUAGCAGAGGAACGCUUCUUUCGUGUCGAUGGUGAUAUCAUAGCCAUAGAGUUCUUAUAUCCCAGCCCCGAGGAUGGCGAUAAGAUCAUUCUACUCCUACUUAUAGCCCAGGACCAGGUCACGUCUGCAGUCUGUUACGAAUGGAACGCGGAUGAAUCAGUACGACAGGCUGCCCCAAAAGUGACGAAGAAAGUGCUACCGCUUGAAGACAGGCUGCCUACGAUGCUGAUUCCGUUGACUAAGACGUCCUCAUUUAUUGUCGUUACAACGACCUCGAUGGCAGUAUAUCAGAAUAAACUGGAUCCCCGGAGGCAACCCACUAGGUACCCGCUUCCCGUCCCUGAUCGUGAAUCGCAGCGACAACCGUUGUGGACUAGAUGGGCAAGGCCAUUACGCAACUGGCUAUACAAUCAGCAACACGAUGACAUCUACCUCUGUCGGGAAGACGGUAGGGUGUUUUAUCUAAGUGUUGGCAAUGAGGGCGAAGUUGAGAAUCAGACCCAUCUAGGGCAGCUCUGCUGUGAUGUUGACGCUGCAUUCGAUAUCUUGGACAUUGGCUAUGAAGGGGGCGACCUACUUCUGGCUGCAGGUACGACAGGGGAUGGCGGGCUUUUUGUUCAAAAGGCCCGGGAUCAUCCAAGGUGUGUCCAACGGUUCAUGAAUUGGACGCCGGUCACGGAUUCUGUCAUUGUACGGGAUGAGAGUGCUUUGAACUCAGGUACCCCAGGUGAUCGCUUUUUUGUUUGCUCGGCUUCUUCCUACGCGCGCGGGGCUGUGGUUGAGCUUCGCCAUGGCAUUGAGGCACAGAGCGGUCUGGUCGUUUCUCUAGAAGAACUGUCGAGCACGACGGACAUUUGGACCAUGUCAGACAGUAUGAAUGGAGGCAUAUUCAUAUUAACAUCUGAUCCCGUUUCGUCGAUGCUUCUAUACCUGGCCGCUGAUUUCGUCGAAGAGAUCUCUGCUAUUGAUGAAAAGGAAUCCGGCCUCGACUAUGGCAGGCAGACUCUAGCCGCCGGAUGCACUGACACAGGAGCUGUGAUUCAGGUGACAGACAAGGCUAUCCACAUUGGAGCAACCUCCGAUCUGUGGUCCAGUUAUCGCCAUGAAUAUGGUCCUGAACACCACAUUGCAGUGGCUGCUGUCAACGGAUCCUCGUUGCUUGUCGCAGCUGCAGUUCGAACAUCACAUGACGUACACCUCCACCUCAAAAGACUCGAUUCAGGCGGUGGGCAAGCUCAACUCCAAGAUAUCGGUCCAGCCUUGCCGAUUUGCUUUGACCCAGUAUGUAUGUCAAUUGAGACAUUGAACUCGUGCACAUACGUGUUCAUAGGCACGGGCAAUGGAAAGGUGUUGUUAUACCGCGUAACGGACAGAGUUGCCUUUAUGUCUGAGACAAACAUUGCUGUGGAGUGCUCCGAUGAUAUCUCAAAGGCUAUUGACAGCCUCGCAAUCAUGAAGACACCUAGCGGUAGUCUGUCAAACAAAUAUACCAUGUUGUGCGGCCUUCGAAGCGGAAUUUUGAUCCCGUUUGAAAUAAUGAUAGACAGCGAGACAGCCGCAUCUUUCGAUGUCUUCAAGCAACUGGACCCACAGCGAUUAGGACACACGUCGGUUAAGGUGCAAAGUAGGGGCAACCUUGCCCUGCUAACUUGUGGCCACGGAUUCUGGCAAAUGACAUGCCGUCAAGACCCUGUGACGGCUAAUUAUAUGCUCCAGCGAGUUUGGGUCACUGACCAGAACAAUCCUGCCUAUCAUCCGAGCACGAUCAACAGUUUCUGUGCCGCUGCUGUAGGGGGUCCAGGCGCGGAGGGUAUUUCUGAUACCCUCUUCUGUGUCGCCGAGGGACAACUAAUGAUCUGUACUCUGGACCAGAAAGCAAAGGCUGUCCCACGGAGGAUUGAUCUCCCAGGAAGUGCCAGCAAGCUCGCAUAUUCACAGCAUCUCAGGACUUUGGUGGUCGCAUACAACCAAACGGAAUAUGACACGGAAACAGAUCCCAUCAAGCGCUACACUCGGCCGUAUAUUGAGUUUGUGGACCCGGAUUCACAGCAAGCUAUGGUCAAUACUUCGGAGAGCCCUGUAGACGAGAGCAGUCGUCCUUGGAGACCACGAGGUGCAGCUGGAGAAAAAAUCAGCUGCAUUGUGGAGUGGACUCCCAGGAAAGGUGAUGAGGAAUACCAUUUCAUUCUCAUUGGUACUUCACGCAGGACUCACCAGGAGCGUGGUAGGGUCAUCUUCCUCCAAGCAUACCGUGACCCCAUCAACCCAUCACGUAUUGAAUGCAACGUGAAGCACAUCCAUAAGUUCGAAGGCCCCGUUUACUCCAUUGUUCCAUAUGGUGCUUUUACCUUGAUGGUUUCAACCGGCCACGUGAUAGUACCGCUAGAACCCAAGCUUUCUCAUAGCCAGGGUGCUCGCACAGCAAGGUACAAAGUUCACUCGCCUGCGGUUCUCAUGACAGCGCGUGAACCCUAUCUGUUUCUGACAACGUCGAGAGAAUCACUCGUGGUUCUCAAGGCUGGCGAAGAUAAGUUGACGCUCCAUGCGCAGGACCGCCAAAGGCAUGAUGGUCUCUCCCACAUACAUCUUGAUGGCAAUUCCAACCUCAUGUUGAAGUCCAGCAGGGGCGGUCGGGUCAGUCUUCUGAAGGAGAUUGGCGGGACUGAACGCGAUACCAGGAUGCCUCCAGCUUUGUGCGAGGCGCAUCUGCCUUCGUCUGUGAUGAGACUCGGCGCGGGAUCCAGACGAUCUCCGCUGUCGUCUCAGUCGCAGGUCAUCUACGGCACUGCCAUGAAUGGCACUGUCUACCGUCUCUUGAUUGUCAAUGAGAAGGAAUGGCGCCUCCUCCGCCUUCUGCAGAACUUGUGUGUGAGGGAUCCCAUCCUUUGCCCCUUCACGCCCAAAAGACAGAGACAACGCAAUCCGCUCAGUUUGGUCGGCAGCCAACCAUCGCAAAUGCAUAUUGACGGCGAUAUCCUGAGUCGCCUCUUAACGCGAGGGACUCGAGAUCUGUUCCGGCUGUUGAACUCCGAUCAUACUAGUGGGCAACCUGACAACGCGGCGCAGGUGGUUUUCGAGAGAUUCGUGGAACUCACGCGAGAUGUUCUGGGAGAGACUAGUUCUCCGAUUGAUUCGGUGAUAGGGUGGUUACAACGAGUCCUUCAGGUAGAAUUCUAG